UCAGUUCAUUAUUAUGUAGACAGAUAUUAAACGAGGUGUUCUUACGGAUUUUACAUUUGCGAUGAUACUAAUAGCACUAUUAUUAAUUUUACUCACAGCACUAUAUUAUUAUGGCACCAGAAAUCACAACUAUUGGAAGAAUAAGGGUGUUAAACAUGACAAACCGAUCCCUUUCUUCGGCACAAAUGCUAAAAAUUAUUUACUCAGAAAGAGUUUAACAGAAAUGUGCGUUGAAGCUUACCAGAAGUAUCCCGAAGAAAAAGUUGUCGGUACAUAUAUGUCCUCCCAUCCCAGCUUAGUGUUGAGGGAUCCCGAAAUUAUCAAGCAAGUGUUGACUACCGACUUUUUGUACUUUUAUGGACGAGGGCUAAAUUUUAAUGAGGAUGUAAUAGAGCCAUUGUUAAGGAACCUGUUCUUUGCGGAUGGUGAUAUAUGGCGACUAUUGCGACAGCGAAUAACACCAGCGUUCACGAGUGGCAAGUUACGGGCCAUGUUUCCCCUUAUAAUUGAGCGUGCUGAGAAGCUGCAGAGCCGUACGACCGCCGCUGCUGUAGAAGGCCGCAGCAUCGAUGCCCGUGAUCUUAUGGCACGUUACACUACUGAUUUUAUCGGCGCUUGCGGUUUUGGUCUCGAUGCUGAUUCACUUAGUGAUGAGAACUCCGCCUUUAGAAAACUCGGUAUCAAAAUUUUUCAUUUGAGCUUAUUAGACUCGUUGGUUAUUUUCUUACAUGAUCUUGUGCCAGGACUACUUAAACAUGUUAAAAUAUUAGAAGAUGUUGAAUUAGAAGUAGCAAAUAUUGUAAAAGCAAUCUUAAAACAACGAAAUUAUCAACCUUCCGGAAGAAAUGACUUUAUUGAUCUCCUUCUUGAGUGCAAAAAUAAAGGGAUAUUAAGAGGACAGUCUAUAGAAAGAAGUAAACCUGAUGGUACGCCAGAAGAAACAUCGGUGGUCCUGGAUGAUGAGCUGAUGGCUGCACAAGUGUUCGUUUUCUUUGCAGCCGGAUUUGAAACUUCUUCUUCAGCCACCAGUUUCACUUUACAUCAACUAGCGUUUCAUCCAGAAGUGCAAAAGAAAGUGCAAGAAGAUAUCGAUAGAGUGUUAGCUAAACACAACAACAAACUCAGUUAUGAUGCUAUCAAAGAAAUGACAUACUUAGAUUGGGCAUUCAAAGAAGGUAUGAGGAUGUUCCCAUCUCUUGGAUAUUUGAUCAGGAAGUGUACAAAGAAAUACACCUUCCCACACAUAAACUUGACAAUAGACCCGGAAGUGCGUGUGUUUGUACCACUGCAGGCGCUACACAUGGACCCGUUAUACUUCGACAAUCCUGAAGAAUUUCGUCCAGAGCGAUUUGAUCCUGAAGUAUUCAACAACUCAUUAAAAGAUAUUUAUCUACCAUUCGGCGUUGGACCACGAGCUUGUAUUGGUGAACGUUUGGGGCACAUGCAGUCGCUAGCUGGGUUAGCGGCGGUGCUGUCAAGGUUUUCAGUGCGUCCUGCACCGGAAACAGUCCGACACCAUCGCGUGAUACCACAGUCGGAUGUUGUUCAGUGUAUAAUGGGAGGUCUCCCCUUACUAUUCGAAGAGAGAAAAUUAUGUUGCUCGUAG